AUGCAAAAUUCAUUGACUUAUAAUUUAGGAUUAAAAAAUGAUACUGAUUAUUAAUUUGUUGCUAAACACACUCUAGAGAAAAGGAUAGAAUUAUCUAAUAAAUAUAAUAAUAAUUAACAAGUUGUUGUAAUUUGUGAAGCUCAUCGAUUAUAUAAAAAAUAAUAAGCUAGUGGGAAUGUUAUCGUUCCAUUGUAAUUCAAUUUUUAAAUAAUAAAUUAGGUUAGUUUUUAGUAAAAAUGAUCCAGUGACUAGUAUAUUUUAGGCUUUAUAAGGGAAAUUAAAGAUUGACUCAUAAAGUACAUUGUAUUUGCUUUGCAAUAAUUAUUUGCUCUAAAAAGGUAUUUUUAUUAAUAUAUUGAAGAAUAAAAGAUUGGUAUGAUCUAUGAAAAAUAUAAGAACCAAUAAGAUGGAAUUUUAUACUUAAAAUUUUGUCCAUAAGAAAGUUUCGGAAAUUGA